GCAUCGAUAACAUAAUGUCUUUAAAUGCCAAAAAUCUUGCAAGACUUGGAAAAUUUCCACAUGAGAGACUGAAAUACAAAGGACAAAGUUUCUGAUAAGUGACAAAAUGACUCUUUAUGUGAGUGGAAUUCCAAAGAUGACAUGCAAGUCAUCUGAUGUGGAGAAACUUUUCAGCUCAGUUGCUCAGUUAAAAAGAGUUGAAUUUAAUACGGAAAAGGGUUGUGCUAAAUUGUCAUUAUUUGAUAAGAACACAACACAGUUUGUCAUUGAAAAGACAUGGAAAAUAAAUGGAGCAGAGUUAUUUAUAAAAGAGCUACCAGGAUUCAACAAAAAAUAUUUUGACUGGAAAUCGGAAAUGUCACAUGCUAAAACAAAAAGGAGUGAAAAUACUGAGCAUACCAAACCAGGGACUGAUAUGCCUUACCAGGCAUAUAAGAGGAAAGCAAGUUCAUUCUGGAAGGACAUUCCUCAUCAAGAAGCUAAAAUACGGAAAAAAAUACCUAGAGGCAAAUUUCAUUUGUCAAAACUUAAAAUCAAAUGUCUAAAAAAUAACUCUGUGCUAAGCAUAAAAGGAAGCAACAAACACCCAAAGAAAAAACAGAGGAAAUUAUCAAAAGAUGUUUCUGAGAAAAACCUUGAUAAAUAUAGUUCAAUUACAUUGGAAAAGUUCAUUGGAUAUCUGGACAAAGUGAAGAGAGAAGUGUUUUCAACAGGACCAGAAAUACACACUCGUGUUCAGGACAUGGAACAUUCAGGUGAAAAUGAGUGUCAUAUAAGGAGCGUAGGAAGUAGAGAAGAAUCCAAGAGGACCUCCUCACAUUUAACUGAAGAAAAAUGUAAUGAUAUUGCCCAUUCUCAAAGAAUCCCAGUCUGUCUUCUCUAUAGAGAAAAAAAUACUGUUGUUAAGUUCGAUUCACAUUCAAACUCUUUGUUUGAAUUGAAAGAAAAGAUAAGAUCAGAGUUUGGAAUUCCAAGCAAGUUACAGUUAAUGCUUUACAAAGGAAAAAUUGUGAACCAACUCAGUUCCAUCCAUUUUGAGCCAUUUGACAACAUUUAUGUUUUGGUAAAGGGUAAAGGUGGAAUGCAAGAAUCCUCAACUGAUAUAGCUACAGAUAGUUCAGAGACAGAUGUUGAGCAGUGGUUAAAGGAUGAAGUAGGAUUAAAUGAUGGUCUUUUGAAUGAGUUUAGCAUUCUUUCUGUUUUGGAUGGGCAAACAUUAUUUUCUUAUGACAUUAGCUGCAUAGACUCCUUCCUAACAGAUACAGAAUUACCAGUUGGACUGGCAAGGAAAAUCUUAGGUUUUAGGGACAAAAUAUAUGAAGGAAUAUCAAAUCCUUUGCUAAAUUACUCAUCAUUGCAAAUAUCGGAAUUUAUAAAAGGAAUUUUUCCUUUAAACGAGAGUAUUGAUCAACUUUGUCAGUGUGCAGUUGAUAGACAUGUCGAUGGAUAUGUUUUUUACAGUUACAAAGAUGAGAAACAAAUACAACAUGACUUCCAAGAUUUGAAUUUAAAAGGAUUGUAUUUCAAAAAAAUAUUUUUAAAGCGCAAUGAAAAAUUUAAAAUUGGACAGGAUCCAAUAAAAACACCUGAGUUCACAACUUUUUUAUCUGAAAAUGUGGCAACAGGAAGUUCAUUUCCAUUUAAACCAAUUCAGGAAGAACAUGGUGGUGAGGUUGUUGAUUACCCAGUUCAAGAGGCAUUUUCUGAAAAUUCUUUUGAUAAUGAUUAUGAAUAUGCCUUAUGCAGAUUGCUUCAGUUAAAUAAAUUACAGAGAGAUGAUUGUGAACCAUGCCAACUGAGUAUUCUCCAUGGAGGGUGGACAAACAUGAAUGAGUUAGAGAAAAAUUUUGUCUUCUUUAUCAUAAGCUGUGAAGAUGAGUGCAGAGAAAAACAGCAGCAAUAUGGGCUUUGGAAGCAAAUAGGCAAGCAUAUGGGCCUAUGGCUUGAUCAUCUUCCACCCAGGACAAGAGAUAUGUUUACAGAGAGUAGGCAGUCAGGUGUUUAUUUGUAUAACAGGAAAAAAAGCGUACAACUUUCAAACCAGUGUAAACUUGCAUUUGUUAUGGAUAAGGAUCUUGCUACAGUUCUCAAAUUUGAAGUUGCAAUACUUCUGAUAAGCAAAACACUUUUGCAAAUACCUUGUGUUGGAGGAUAUGUGACAAGUUUGUCGAGAAACCCUAAAAAACCAGAGCAUUUUAAGUUUUCUUUUAAUUCUUUAAAGGAAUACUACAUUUUUAAUCCAGAAGACUAUUCAGAAGGAUUUUGUAAGGAAGUAAUACCAGCAACAUAUUAUAUGACAGUACAUGAGAGGAAUAUAAAGGGGAAAGAGAAGCAAAUUGAGACUCAGAUUCCAAGAGAUUUUAAAAAAAGUUCCGACUAUGUAGUAUACUCUGCAGGAAAAAUAUUCUCCCAACCAGAAAAUGACGGAACAUUAUCAACAAGGUGUUUAGAAUUCAAAUCAUUUUUCAAUUGUGUAAAUAAGGCAAAAGAAAAUAGACUGAUCAAAUUCCAGUUGGAGGUAUUAAGAUUUGCCUGUGGUUGUCUCAAUGCACGAAAAAAUGGAACCAUUUAUUUUGGGGUGGCAGAUUCUGUGGCUAGCACUGACAAUGAAACACAUAAACACGGUGAAAUUGUUGGUUUUGAAAUAAGUGAAAUAGAUUUAGAUAGCAGAACAAAAUAUACAGAUGCGUUGCGUGAUGGCAUAUCAAGAUGUUUUUUCAGUGAAAUGGUGACCAUUGUUCAGAAAUGUAUAUCCAAUCCAAUAUUUGUGAAAGUCGUUAUUCCAGGUGAAAACAUUUGCCGCUAUGUAAUGGAGGUAGAUGUAGAACCUUCAUAUGGUAGAUGCAAAGAACACCAUUUUAAAGUAAAUUUGAAAAACAUAAAAAAUUUGUCAAAUAAAUCGGUGGAAAAUAAACCCUUGCUUUAUGUGCGGAAAGGUUCCUCAACGACACACCUUACAAAUGAACGAGAAGAACUUUUUAUCAAAGCAGAGUUGUUGGAAAAUGUGAAGGAAAGACAACUGUGUGAUAAUGAAAGAAAAACUGAACUUUCACCGAAAAGGGAAGAAUUAGCUACAAAAUUAGAGCGUCUUCUGACAAGAGGUACAUUUAGAUUCGAUAAACGACUCUGGCCAGUUCUUGUGCUUAGUAAACCUACGGAUCAGCAGAAGUUGAAUGAAAAAUGGACAGAAAGCAUGUCUUUUAUAAAACGAAUGCAGUUCACUGCUGUAUUUGAUUUUGACGAUUUUUCCAAUAAAAAUGGUUUGUGUCACUUGUAUAGAAACACAGAGAGGUCUUAUUUACAAACAGAACGUUUGUUCCACGAUAACGCUGGGAACUUUCAAGAACUGGCAAACAAACUAGGUCUGCCUUAUGAUGUGAAAACUGUGUGGAUAUUUGCUAAUGGACGAAAUGAUUAUUUUGAAGAUAAACCUCAUCUGAACAGGUCUGGAUGGCACGUAUCAUACUCAGCUGGUGUUUGUGAUGCUGUCUCAUUUUUUAACCAAAAUUUCGUGAUUCCUAAAGGAAGAGCAGUAAUAUUAAUCCUUCUUUUUUCAAGUGACUAUUUUGGAUUAAUAGAUACAUUUAACGAAAUAACAAGAAACUUUGGUUGGGAACCAGUUGUAAUCAUUGCAGAACACCAAAGAGUAUUUGACGAUUUUGCUGAAACUAUACAACAAGAAUGUAAAGGGGAUAGGGAACAGUUAGAGAAUGUUUCAGUAGUAGGGAUGCCAUGGGAACAUGUGAAAAGUACUAUCACUUCAUUAACGGGAUAUGAUGAAAAAAUGAAUUGUUUUUUGCCAUCUUCAUCUGGUGCUCUUGUUCAUGUUGAUGAGAGAUUUAUAGAUGCUUUAGAUGACUUAAGUAUAUUGAGCGCAAAUCAAUGUGAAAGCAAAGAAUUCAAGAACAGUAAAGUUCGAAAACAGUUUGCUGGAGAACAAGAAUUACAGUUUUACAAAGGCAAGCAUGUAACAUGGUGGAAUUUCUUUUUCGAAAACCAUGUUUGUGAAAGAUAUAAAUUCUUGACUUUACAAGAGAGAGCUCAGUCUCUGCUCCUUUUUGCCAAAGAAGAAACACGGAAAAUAGUAACACUUACUAUUGCACAUGAACCGGGAGCUGGAGCUACAACCCUUGGACACCAACUUUUAUGGAAUUUCAGACGAAAGUAUAGAUGUUGUGUAAUUCAGAAAAUAUCAGAAAUGACCACCUCUCAUAUUCUUUCACUUUGGCAAUACAAGGAAUGCGACGAAAAUGAAUCGCAACCGGGACCAGUUAUUCUAUUGUUGGAUGACAUUGUUCAAACAGAACUUUCUAUAACUGAAUUUACAAGGCAAUUGAAUAUUGAAUUCAGGAAAAAAACUUUGAGUGAAGGGAUGGAUUGUCUUUUAAUAAUGUGUCAAAGGGAGGAAAAAAUAAGUUACGGUGAAUAUCAAAGUCAGAAUAUAUUCUAUCUAAAACAGGAACUUAGCAAAAGCGAGAAGACAUGGUUCACAGACAAAUUUGAUGAGUUAGAGCGAACUGGAAAGGAAUUAGAAUUAGAAGAAUAUAAACCUCAACAUUUAAUAUCAUUCAUGAUCAUGCGCUCAGAAUUCAAUCCAGAAUAUAUCAAAACAACCAUCCAGCAUUUAAUCUGUGACAUUGACCCUACGUCAAAUGAAUACAAAUUAAUGAAAUACGUGUCUUUUCUUGCAUCAUACUCGUCAUUUACAAGACGUGGGGUAAAGGUUUUUAUUCCACUCGAAUGUUGUGAUGAGCUAAUGGGAAGCAAGCAUGGAUUCUGGGAAGAUCGUUUAUCAAGUCCUCUACGUGUUUUACUUAUAAUCGAGGAAAAGGAAAAUGCAAGUGGACGACAAGUUCGAAUAGCACACCCUAGCCUUGGAAAAGUACUCCUAAAGGAAAUAAUGAAACGUGAAGAAACGCAGCUGACUGACAUUGCAGAAGAAUAUCUCAACUGCUCACUUUUACAAAGUAAUUCGUAUGGGAAAAAGCUCCUCGUCGAUUUCACUUUAGAUAUGCUUAAGCGUCGGAAAAAAGAAGAAUAUGACGACGAGAAGACGACACAAUUUAGUCCUUUGAUUGAAGAUAUAAUUAGUGGAUCGGUAGAUAACUAUGGUAAAGCUGCAGAAAUAUUACAGCUGGGAUUUUACAAAUUCAAGGAUUAUAUGUUACCACAGGCUUUAGCUCGACUUUAUUUGAAAUGGCAGAAAUAUGAUGAGGCCAUAAAAUGGGCUAAAGAAGCUGUUGACUUAUCAUCGAAACAAUCACUAUCAUAUAUUCUUCACACAUACGGCCUUGCAUUGCGAGAAAAAUUUAAACAUCUCACAAAGCAGAAAUUUUUUCAACCGAAAGAUGCAUGUGAACACUUAGACCUGAUUUUAAAUUCCUUGGAGGUGUUUCUUCGUGCUCAGAGGGAACGGGACGAUGAAACAGACACACAGAAAUUGCUUAAUCCCUUUCAUGAUGCCAUUCACACCAUUAAUGAAAUAACAAAAUUUUUAACGAUGAACAUCAACUGCACUAUGGAUAGAAAAGAUAUGGUACACUAUCUCAAAAAUACGGAAUUUAUUCCCGAUGAAAUAUCUAUCGUUUGGCAAAGUUUUCAUCAGCGUCUGAAACAAAUGAGGGAGCAGGGUCAUAAUGCUUUUAAGGUUUUGGAGGACAAUGUUUGUUUCAAUACCACUUUUUAUGCACCUGAAGAAGCUUUUAGAAACACAACUAAAUUGAAGGAGCACAGAUUUUAUCGAAGUUUUCACUAUGGACAUGAAAGAAUGUUGGAAAGAUUUUCUCAAAUUUAUGGUGAAUCUGAUCCUCAUAAUCAGGUUGAAGGUGUGAAUCAAGCAAGCAGGGAUGCAUAUCACAGAGGAAGAUUAUGGACUCUCAAAGGAAACUCGUAUAUGAAUAUUUUCAGUCAUAUGAAAAAUAGUGGAAACAAGCUAGGACCUAAACAAAUACAGGAGAAUUUAAACAAAAUUAAAGAACAUGUCAUGGCAAUUGAAUCGAAGGAUUCAAACGAUCUUGCUAACCAAGUUUGUGUAAAUGUUGCUCUUGGGAUUAUGGGGAGUCCAAAUCGUGAUUCUGAAAAGGAUAUUCUUAAAACUUGUCAAAAAAUCAUUUCUGCAGGCUCAGAAAGGGUGGAUUUAGCAUAUUUAUUCAUCAGUAUGCUUCUGUGGCCCUGUGAUAAUCCAAAGAGUUUUUACGACGAUUCUCUAUUGCAGAAAUCACUUUCCUAUUUAAAAAGGAAUUAUAAACAAGAAAAAUACAAACCAAAUGUACAAAAAUUUUCUCAUUUCAUUAAAGAAGAACGGAAUAUCUCGCAACCAACACCGCAAUUUUUCCUUGCAAAAGGAAAAGGAUUGAGGUCUCUAUGUCAUCGAUGGGAAAUGCCCGUGUUUGUUAGAGAGAAUCCCGACUCCCAGUUUGAUAACUCUUUAUGGGACCACUAUAAAACUAAAGAAAAGCUCCGGCGUUUACAUGGGACAACCACAUUUAGUAGUGAUGGCUCAAGUCCGUACAUUGUUUUCGAAAAUAAACACGGAGAACCAAUAAGAAUAAGUAAAAUCAGAGGUACAAACAAAGGAUUUGUGUCCGAGGAGAAAGUUUUGUUUUAUUUAGGAUUUAGUAUUGCUGGACCAAUCGCAUAUAAUGUCAAGCCAGCACGAUAUGAAAAGCAAUUGCCUGAAACAUUUAGUCGAAUAGAAUUAUUUUCAUCAUCAAAAAUAGAAGAUUACAUGAAGAAAACUACAGACGAGCUUCGGAAAAUACUUUUAAAAAUCAAAGGAUUAGAAGAGAAAAGACCAGAAUACUUAAAAGAACGAGAGAAGCAGUUAAUGAAGGAUAAAGACGAUGUCAAAGAAGCGUUAGAUCGACUUGAAAUAAAUAAUGGAGAAACAGAUCUUUCAUUGUUAGCGGAGUAAGACUGUACUCCGAUUAGAACAGUGUUAUUACACGUAUAGGAGAGAGAAGAGAGAGAAAGAAAGAGAGACUGUGUUUGUGUGUGAGUGAGUCAAACAAUUGAAAAUAUCACAUUUAUGUAAAAUUGUCAUGCUUUUCAAAUUCUUAUUUUUCGAGCACUGCUUGUACAUGUAUAGAUAUAUGUAACUGAAUCAAGUUUCUUCUGUACUUUAUCAUGCCAUAGCAGAAACUAGUCAUUAAAAAUUAACGUGGCAACUUUA